AGUCUACCUGAGACACGUUAAUCUGUUUCUCAUUCAGGGCGGAGGAAACUUCGCACUUUUUUUUCUCAUCAAGGAGGAGCCUGCAGACACACCGACACGCUCCAAAGUGGAGCUUGAGACACACAACUUACACUUCAUGGAGUAAAAACUCACAGACAGCCAUACCCUCGGCGAUGCUUCUCCGACACAACGCGAGAGAGAGAUUGAUCACUGAUCACCAGGACUGAUCGUCCGCCGGCAGAGCCCGCAGUGCAGCGGAGACAGCAGAGCAGUGCGCCCCCCUCUCUGAGCUCCAGGAAGAAGACGCAAACAUGUCAGAGAGGAGAAGUCAGAGAUCCAUCUUUCUCUCAUUAUUGGUGUGCUGCAUGUUUGCUAGUGCUGAGUAUUCCAGCUGUGGAGAGUACGAGUUUUUCAACCAGACCAGUAACAGCUGUAAGGCCUGCCCUCAGUGCCAGCCGGGACAAGAGCCGUAUAUGACCUGUGGAUACGGUGUGAAGGAUGAGGAUUUCGCCUGUGUGCCGUGCCAGCAGGGGAAAUAUUCCAAAGGGAAGUAUGAGAUCUGCAGACGGCAUAAAGACUGUGACGCCCUCUACAAAGCCACCGUACGCCUAGCGGGAACUCCGGAGAGCGACGCCGAAUGUGGGCCUUGUCUACCAGGGUAUUACAUGCUUGAGACCAGACACAGGAACGUCUAUGGGAUGGUCUGCCAUUCCUGCCAGAAUGCACCACGCAACACCAAAGAAUGUAAGCAAACCACAGGACCAAGAGAAAAACCUCCAAUUGACCCUGGCAGCACGACUGUGUUCCCUCAUCCACAAAAAGAAAUCCCUGGACAGGGUCACUUAGCAACAGCUCUCAUUAUCGCCAUGUCAACCAUUUUCAUCAUGGCCAUCGCCAUCGUCCUCAUCAUCAUGUUUUACAUCCUGAAGGCCAAACCCAGUGGCCAGGCAUGUUGUUCAGGACAAGUUGUGAAGGCUGUGGAAGCUCAGACUAACAAACUGGAGGACAAGAAAGAUGUUCCAGACAAUGUGGUGAUCUACUCAGAGAAAGACGAGUUUGACAAACCAAAAGCUCCUCCUCCGAAAACAGUGAAAAGUGAAAAUGAUGCAUCGUCAGAGAACGAGCAGCUCCUGAGCCGUAGCAUUGACAGCGACGAGGAGGCGUCUGAGAAGCAGGGAUUAGCAGAGAUCAACAACCCCAAUGUGUGUCUCGUCAACAUGGGGAACAAACCUGACCUGUGCCUGCUCUCUCUUGGCCUCUUGGACCGCGACCGAGCCUGCAACGGGAACCCCAUCAUCACAUCCGGCCAGGCUGAUAACAUCCCGAGUCCUAACCAUGUCGGCAACUUCAACCACAUCACCAGCACAAACCACAUCAGCAGUGUGAACGCAAUGAACAACAACAAUAAAACCCCAGGGAUGCUACAGAGUCGAAGGAAAAAGAUCCUGGAUCUGUAUGCCAGAGCCUGCAGUGCAACAGAAGGCCUGAGCCCUACAGAGCUCCCCUUCGACUGUCUGGAGAAGGCCAGUCGCAUGCUGAGCUCCUCCUACAGCAGCGAGGCGGCCGUAGUGAAGACAUGGAGGCAUCUGGCUGAGAGCUUUGGGCUAAAACGCGACGAGAUCGGUGGCAUGAGUGACGGCCUGCAGCUCUUCGAGAGAGUGAGCACUGCAGGAUACAGCAUCCCCGAUCUCCUGACACGUCUGGUGCAGAUCGAGAGGCUGGACGCCGUGGAGUCGCUCUGCUCGGACGUUCUGGGAAGCAGCGAGAUGGCAGCAGCAGCCGGACGGCAGGGCAUUGGCAGUUUUCACAGCCAGUUGGUGUGUCCAUCUCCAUGCCCUUCUCCAUCCCAGCGCUGCGCUAGUGUCUAAAUACGCGCUGCUGGAGCAAGGACUUCAGAGACUUGGAUGCCUUACAGUAUAUGUAUGUAUAGACAGAUACUGCUCUGACAAGGAGGACAGCACAUGUACAGUAUACACUAUACCCCCAUCACAUGAAGAAUUUCAGUUGACUUUCCCAUGCACAAUCCUUUCUUUCUUUUGUAGGUUGUCUCUUUCAAGAAGCUAGUAAACACUGAGUGCCUUUUUCAGUCCAUCUUUCUAAAGUGCUAAAACCAAAAAUCAAAGACCAAAGAGUCGGAACCAAAGAUGAGAUGUGCCAUUUUCUAGUUUGCCAGUCCAGAUAUUUUCACUUUUGCAAGAACGAAAUGAUCAGAACUAGAUUCUGUUUUAAUGGAUUUAUUUCUUUCACCUAUGCUAAGCCAUACUAGGAAUACUGGCCACAAAUAGCUAGAACAACUGUGCGCUGGACGCAAAACAAAGAACAGAUUUUUGCAGCUUAAAGGAAGCAAACUCAUCAAAAAUGUACAGCUGCACCUUCAACUAUGAUGUGGCCAAACAAGAGGGACAGCAGAUAUGGACUUAAAAUUAAAAAUGCCAAGCUGGAAAUGGAAUUGAGUAAAGAUUAUGCAGGUCAGCUUUAUCUGGUUAGCUAUGCGAGGGAUCACCACGGUUUUUGGAGGCCCUCGUCUCAAACAGAAUUCUGGUGCCGAAUUGACUUAACUGUUAGAAACUUAACGAGACAGUAUUUUUGCUUCUAAAAAUCUUCUAAAGACAUCAUUUUGGAUAUUUGUAAUCUAAUAAUGUCUGUUUCUAGUUGAUUUUCUGAAUUAGUUUGAUUUAAAACACUAACUCUACUGUAUUAAUCAAUAUGUGUAUAGUAAAUGUGUAAACAGUGAUCUAGAGCACACACAGUUUACAGGGGGAUUUGUUAAGACAACCCCAAAACACACUGAGGGUAUUUCCUGGUGUGUUCAGUGUUAAUCCCCAUGUAUGAUGCUGGACUACAGCAUCACUCUGCUGCUCAUGUAAUGCCUUUACACUCAUGUAAACCUGCCUUCCACAACUCCACAAACACAGCAACAUGCUCUUACUGUAACUACUUCCUCAGCAGUGACCCAGUCUGUGACCCCCCACCCCUAUAAUUCGUCCUUUCCCCACAUUUUCCCCUUUUACCUCAAUGCUGCGGUCUAGUGCUGCCGCCAGACCUAAUUAUUUGGCGUGUGGCUCCCUGGGCCCCUAAUAGGCUGAAGUGUUGUGGUUUACAGAGCGGGUGCAAAGUGCCUGUGAUUUCCAGCACCCAAUUAAGCAUUUAGGGCCACUUAACCACUGAAAGCCCAGUGGAAAAGCUUUAAAACCCUAUAUUAAAAAGAGGCAUGCCACGACAGAGGCAUGACUAACUGCCCCUGGGGGUGGCUGUGCCGUGAACGGUGCAGGAAUGCAGCCGGUCGUGGUGGAAGCAGCGCUAUGGUCGUCUUAUAAUGUCUGACCUUACUCAGCUUUUGUGGUCGGCUCAGUCAUGCUCAGACAGGAUUUAAGCUCCCCUCUCCCCUUUGGGACCAAUAAGGCAAAUGAGAACAAUAUGCAGUCGUCCAGGUUGUAGUCCUCUGUGAAACAGCUAGAGUACAACAUGCUGGAUGUACAGAGGCCAAAAAGGAGCUCUGAUAAGCAUCAAGUUAAAGUCUAGAAAAGGGUUUAAGAUAAUGCACAUUUGAGCUCCAUUAAUAGUGACGAUGUUAAGAGAUAAAGUGCUGUAGGUCAGCAUCCCACUUUUAUCUAGCAGUUAAGCUUCAAAACGCAGCAGUAAGCUCCAAAUGCCAACUUAAAUAAGCAAUGCCAAGACUCCCUUUGAUCUCACUUCUUGGUAAUAAGACUGAUCUUUAUCUGAUGCCUGAUGUUGUCAGCAUAAUGUCCCAUGGCAGCUCUGCACAAAAUCAAAUACACCACCCGCUGCCAAGUUCUAAUCCUUUUUAUUCGUUUUUACAGAGCAAACUUUGGGGCUGGACCCCAGUGCUUUGAAUUAAUUAAUGUGCAUGUUUAUCAAGCAUGUAAUCGUCCUUUUUUCCCCUUGAUUAUCUCCUGUCAAGUCAAAUAAAAAGCUCACUGUUAAAUAUGCUGCCUUUUCAAGCAGGGUUGUGUACAUCAGAACCAGUACAUCUCCAAACGAGAAACACAUUACCAUGACCUGGAUGACUGAGAACCGUCACAGAUGUUUCCAGACAGGUUUCACUUGUUUCGCUGUUUUAUGCUGUUGAACUUUUGUAAAUAAUCUAAUUGGUGGAGUUGAAAUGAAAUGGACCAAAGCCCUGUUUUCAGACAGGCAAAAUCUUGUCUGACAUGUAUUAUGAUGAUAGGAUGAAUUACAGAAGCCAAACAUGAAUUACUUACCUCAGUAGCACACACAGUAUAGUAGAACAUGUAGAAACACACAAACUCAACACAGAACCAAAGUAUAACUGUAUAUAUAACUUAUUAUUGUACAUACUGUAUACAUUAAUAAAGAUUUG